AUGGACGCCCAUCACGACGAUCGCAUGGACGAGGACGCAUCGCCCGCCCCCGUCAGCGCCCCAAUGUCGCAAGCCGAGGGCAUGAGCACAGAGGUCAUCAUCGACGACGAGCCCACGUCCGCCGUCUCCUCCUCCCGAUCCACCACGAUGUCGCCGAGGCCGCAGUCGGGCGACACCGCCCACUCUUCGCCGGCGGCCGAUAUGGAUUCGUUCAAGCAUGCAGAGUCCGACGAAGAGGGACACUCGGCUGGUGAAAGGCUGAGGGCAUCUCGGCAAGAUGGCGCUAGGCGGCACGACCCUAGGCUUUCGCCAACAUCGGUGCACGACGACGGCAAGGGCAUGGAGUUCGACGUCGAUGACGUGUGGGAAGAGGAGCUCAUGGCGCCAUCCAUGGGUUCGGACUUUUCCAACAUGCGGAUCAUUCCAUCAACAGCAUCCUCCUUUUUGCGACCUGGAAGCAAAUUCCACGGAACGCAACAAUCCGAGCGACAAGUGUAUGACGUGCAGGUCGAAAUCAAGCACGUCGAUCUCAGGGAAUCCUUCCUGUGCGGAUACCUGCGAAUCCAAGGCCUCACCGAAGACCACCCCACAUUGACGACGUACUUUGAGGGCGAGAUCAUUGGCACCAAAUACAGCUUCAUCACAAACCACGAGACCUGGGGCGCCACCGACAAGAUCGACCUAAACCACUGGGCCAAGUUCAACGCCUUCCGCCCGUUCCAAAAGCAAGCGCGCAAGGGCCCGGUCGUGAUCCGUGACGUCGCGCAGCGCGAAAACAUCUUCAUGCGGUGGAAGGAACAUUUCCUCGUCCCCGAUCACCGUGUGCGCACCAUUUCCGGCGCGAGUUUCGAGGGUUUCUACUACAUCUGCUUCAACCAGGUCAAGGGCGAAGUGAGUGGAAUCUACUUCCACUCCAAGAGCGAAAAGUUUCAACAGCUUGAGCUCAAGCACGUGGAGGAUAGGGGUUGCUUUGGUGCCAUGGAAUUCAGAUGA